AUGAGCAGUACUAGCACGUCACCAGAAGACAAUGGCACUGACGACAAGUCGUCCCGCCACGAGUGGAACAGCGGUCGUAAAAAAAUUGGCCUGGCGCUUACUGUUGGCUCGGAGCCUGCUCAGACUCCCACAAUCUCCCUGCCCCAUUCCCUUGAUCUCAAAGACGCGAAAAAGGUCUUUGCACUGAAAAUCGCGGGAGCGCUGCCCAGCGGUGGAUCGUCGCCAGCCAAGAUAAUCCACGCGUUCAUCCACGUCAAGGACUACGAAGGUCUGGAUCGGUACUUGAACAAGUACACCGUGGACAAAGACGUGCUGAACUUUGCCCUACAGAAAGCUUGCAUAGCCUCGAAUGCCGAAGCCGUGAAUGUUCUGGCGAACCAUGGAGCGAACGUCAACUUUGUCGAUCAGUUUGGAACCACCGCCUUGCACUUCGCGAUGCGUGGAGGUGGCGAUCCAGACGUCCUAUUGGCUCUCCUUCAACAUGGAAUGCAAUUCCGUGACUGGAAGCACGAGGGACAAAACCUACUCAAUUGGGCUUGUCAGUGGGGACAUUUAGCCAUAGUUAGAUGCACUGUUGAAUUUGCUACCAUGAAAUCGACCAUUCAUUAA